AUGGCUCGAGUCAGACACGUGAAGCACCGGGCAACCAUCAAUUGUGUCGUCGAGCGCGGAUGGGACGGAGGGUGGCUGAAGAAUGGCAAAGAGGUCGCGGAGCGUUUCCGAUCGUCUGGCAAGAACACUCUUGUGGACCCGAAACCCCCAGUCCUGGGCUAUCACGACUAUGUUUCCGUCGUCGAACCAGACGCAACGUCUCCACCACCUGACGUGGAGGCAGCCUUCCGGGGCCGCUAUGAGCCCACACGCGAUCCUGAUUUCUGGUUCGAGGACGGCAACAUCGUCAUCAUCGCAGACGAAACACAGUUCCGUGUCCAUCGAAGUAUACUCUGUCGGCACUCCGACGUUCUAGCGGAUCGCCUGGGAUUUAACGAUCGCCGCCGAGAUACGUCAUACGACAGCUGCGCCGUCGUCCGCAUCCUGGACUCCGCCAAGAGCUUCAAAGGCUUGCUACGUCUACUCUACCCAGGGCCAUCUGAGAUCCUACGGCAAGUCAGCUCUGAUCGCAUACUCGCUGGUUCCACCCACAUCACCCAUCAGUACAUACUGGGUUUACUCCCCGCCUCGUUUGACGAAUGGAUGAAUCGCGAAGAGAGGGCCAUCCAGGGUACCAGAUCGACGCAGCCCAGUCCGCGGGAUAUGAUCAAGAUGAUUAAUGCCCUCCGGGACAUCCAAGGCGAUGACCUCAUGCCUAUAGCCCUGUACCUAUGCUGCCAACUCUCGCCCAAAACCCUUCUCUCCGAGAAUCGACGUAGCGAUGGGACUGUGGAGAAGCUCAGCAGCAAAGACGUUGAGCUGUGCUUGGCACUGAGGGAAGACAUGGUGAAGGAAUCCGCGUGCAUGGCGAUGAGACUAUUCACGGAACCGCCGUAUCCGAGAUGCAAAUGUCGGAAGGUCGUCGAGGAGACUUUCAUGGACAUCGUGAACGGCAAAUUCGAGGACAUCCCGCGGACUGACCCGUUAGGACCGUAUUGGCGACGGCAUAUCGACGAGAGCGAGAGGGAUGAGAAAAUGCAUAGACGAAUUUGCUCAACUUGUGCGCAAUCCCUCCGCGAUAGGGAGGUGGAGCAGAGGAGGGAGCUCUGGGAUGAGCUUCCGAGGCUGGUAGGCUUUUGA